AUGCCACGUGGAGGGUGGCGUCAGCCAUGUGAUAAACCACCCUGGUGCAUUCUCGUCGAACCUCGCCCCUACGUCUUCCCGCUUCUCUCCGCAUUCGCUCCCCCGCCAAGUGUCCCCUCUCCUCCCCCUUCCGUUCCGCGCGUUGACGACCUGACAGCCGCGCAGGUGGCAGCGCUGAGCGCGGAGGGCGGGGAGAAGGCGGAGAAGGCGGAGAAGGCGGAGGCGGAGGGGGCGGAGGGGGGCAUUCCGCUGCCGUGCUUCGUGAGCGAGGGGCUGGAGGGGGAGAGGCGGAAGGGGAAGAAAGGCAGCGCGGGAGGGGUGGAGCUGUUGAGUCUGGCGGACGCCAUCAAGAGAGUCAAGGAGGGGGCGAGGGCAAAGUUUGACGAGACGGUGGAGGUGCAUGUGCGCCUAGGCAUCGACCCCAAGCGCAGCGACCAGAUGGUGCGGGGAUCAGCGCAGCUCCCCAGAGGCACGGGCAAGGCGGUGCGGGUGGCGGUGUUUGCGGAGGGGGAGGAGGCGGAGGCGGCAGCAGCAGCGGGGGCGGACGUGGUGGGGGGGGCGGACCUCAUAGCGGAGGUCAAAGCCAGUGGCGGCAAGUUGAGCUUUGACAAGUGCAUAGCCACGCCUGCCCUCAUGCCCAAGCUCGGUCAGAUCGCGCGCAUACUUGGUCCGCGCGGCCUCAUGCCCAACCCCAAGAUGGGCACGGUGACGGUGCAUGUGGGGGAGGCAGUGAGGGCGGCGAAGAGGGGCAAGGCGGACUUCAAAGCAGACAAGACGGCCAACGUGCACGUGGGGAUAGGCAAGGUGAGCUUCCCGGACGAGGCCCUGGCGGAGAAUGCAGCGGCGUUUGCAGCGGCUGUGCUGGCAGCCAAGCCCGUGGGGCUCAAGAAGAGUUCUCGCUUCUUUGGCUACUUCAGCAGCUUCACUCUCUCCUCCACUAUGGGCAAGGGUGUGCGAGUCACAGUUCCUUCAAUAGCAGCAGCCGCUGACGGCUAUAUUAAGUCCGGGGGACGCCGACCGCUCGACGACGAGGCUGUCCCGUUCCCCGACGACGACUCCGCGUCGCGCCGCGCCGACAGCGCCCCGCGCCCGCCGCUCUCGCAGGCGGGCGAGCUGCAGGCGCUCGCCGUGGGCGCCGCCAUGACCCUCGCAGGGGGCCGCAACAUCGGCGUGGGGUUGUUGACGCGACUCGGCGGAGCCAUGCGCCUCCAAGGCAAAGUCGCGUUCAUCACGGGGGCGGCGCGGGGCAUCGGCGCGGCUUGCGCGCGCAAGUUCGUGGCGGAGGGCGCUAGGGUGGCCAUUGCUGACGUGUUGGAAGAGGAGGGGCGCCAGCUGGCUGCUGAGCUGGCUGCCGCUGAUUCGCAAACGGCGGCACAGGCUGGGCGGAGGGGUGGGGCGGAAGGGGAGGCUUCCGCGGAAGGGGAGAAGGGGGAUGGUGGGUGCGCGGAGGAGGUUGGGGAAGGGACACGGAGGGCUGGAGAGGGCAGCGGAGCGGAGAGCAUUCCGCGCGCCGUGUUUGUGAGGUGCGACGUGUGCGAUCGCGACUCCAUCGCGUCCGCGCUCGCCGCGGCGGCCGCGGCGCUGUCCCCCAGGGCGCGCGCGCUGCACGUGCUGGUCAACAACGCGGCGCUGCAGAGCUGCAAGAGCCUGCCCGACACCGCGCCGCGCGACUGGGACGCCGUCAUCGCCGCGUCGCUCUCCUCCGUCUUCCACGCGACGCAGCUCGCGCUGCCGUACCUUCGACGCGCGGAGCGCGGCGCCGCGGCCAUCGUGAACGUGUCGUCGUCGUUCGCGCUGGUGGGGUCGGCGGGAUACGCGGCGUACCACGCGGCCAAGGGCGGCGUGUCGUCGCUGACGCGCGCGGCGGCGCUGGGGCUGGUGGCGGAGGGCGUGCGCGUGAACGCCGUGUGCCCGGGCACCACGCUCACACCGGGGCUGCAAGAGAGUGUGGCGCAGCAGUGUCCGGACCCAGCAGAGGCGCAGCGCCUGAUGGACUCCUUCCUCGCCCGCCAGCCGCUUGGCAGGUUUGGGAGGGCAGAGGAGGUGGCGAAUGUGGUGGCGUUUGUGGCGAGCGAGGAGGCGAGCUUCAUGGUGGGCGCCAACGUCGUCGUGGACGGUGGCUACACCGUCGUCUGA